AUGACAGACGAUCCAGCGAUGACCCCAAGGCCAGAAACGUCACUAUCUGCUCGACCAGACAGAGCGGGAACAGCUCUCAUCAAACCAGAGUACCUUCUUCAUCCCACUCCCUUGGUAGACAAUUCCUCCACAGCCGCACUCAACUCUACUUCCUCUCAUCUGGAUGUGGAUGAUGAAGCAGAAGGACGUUCUUCUGCUGAUCCAAGAGAGGGUAAAAAAAGAAAGAAAGAUAAAUCUCGUACCGGUCAAAACAAGGCUCGUUCUUUCCCCGUCAUCAGAGAAGCUGUAAGGAUCUGUCGUUCAUGGGAAACGACAGGAUCAUGUAAUCGACCAGUGUGUAAAUUCGCUCAUGACUGGAGUAUGUAUCUAUCGACUAGACCGGAAGAUGUACAUUUUGAACCUGAUGGAAGGUUGCAGGAUCAGGAACCUUAUGUGGUUUUUGAAGAUAGGAAGAUAGGUGGGGAAGAGGGAGUGGGGAAAACUUUGGAUUUGAACACUACUUGUCCGGUUUAUAAGGACUUGGGGUAUUGUCCUUUUGGUUGGAGAUGUAGGUUUUUGGGUGGGCAUGUGAGGAGGAUAACAGAGGGGAAACAGGUGAAAACUAGUGAAGAAGGGGAAUGGCAGUUAGUUGGGGGACAGAAAGCCGAUGAGAAGGUUGGUUGGAAGUUUAAAGAGACAAAUUGGCCAGAUGGUGGGGUUCUCCAUCGGCUCAGGACCAACACGUACGACUACCCCUUUUCUUCCAAAUACCUACAUCUCAUCGAACCAGAGAAACAAUUCACUCUCACUAGAAAACGUCCCAAUCGAUCUGGUGAGGAAGGGGAGGCGAAUAAUCAAGAGGGGGAAGAAGAAGCUAUGAACGCCAUGGAACAAAAGCCAGAGAUAAAAGGAUUGGUUGAUGGAGAGGCUGAGGCGUUGGAUGUACCUCUUCGUCCGGAGGAAAAGAGGAGGUUGAACUGGGAAGGAGGUUUAUAUCUUGCGCCUUUGACUACAGUUGGGAAUCUACCUUUCCGCCGUCUAUGCAUAUCAUACGGAGCCACAAUAACCUGCUCAGAGAUGGCUCUCGCCCAGCCUCUCAUCUUUGGUCAACAAGACGAAUGGGCUCUGGUCAGACGACAUGAAACAGAGCGCAUGUUCGGGGUUCAACUGGCAGGAGGAUAUCCGAAUAGGUUGGUACCUGCUGCUGAAGUGGUGAGGAAGGAACUCGGUCAAGGUGUUGAUUUCGUGGACGUGAACUUGGGGUGCCCCAUAGACCUCGUCUUUAAUCAAGGUGCUGGAAGUGCUCUACUUGACUCUCCCGGUCGAUUAGGUAAGAUAUUAGUAGGGAUGAAUCGUGCCCUGGGAGAUAUACCCCUAACUGUUAAAUUUAGAACAGGAGUGGCAAAUGGGAAACCUACGGCUCAUAAGUUGAUCCCUCGUUUCGCUACGGAAUGGGGUGUGGGAGCUAUGACACUUCACGGUAGAUCACGUCAACAACGUUAUUCCAAACUUGCAGAUUGGCAAUAUAUCAAAACAUGCGCUUCUAUAUUACGUGAAUCCCUUUCCGAAGCGAACCUCCCUCCUGUGCCCAUAUUCGGUAAUGGAGAUUGUUUCUCUUCUCAGAGUUAUUGGCAAGAAGUAGAAUCUAGUGGUGUGGAUGGUGUUAUGGUAGCUAGAGGAGCUUUGAUAAAACCUUGGAUAUUUACGGAAAUUUCAGAAAGGAGAGAAUGGGAUAUUACUGGUGUGGAGAGGUUGGAAGGUUUGAGGAAAUUCACAGAAUACGGUCUUUCUCAUUGGGGCUCAGACACUCAAGGUAUAAAUACAACACGUAGAUUUUUAUUAGAAGCUUUAUCAUUCCAACACCGUUAUAUACCUUUAGGUUUAUUAGAAAUUUUACCUGGUAAAUUAAAUGAAAGACCUCCGGCUUUUAAAGGUAGAACGGAAUUGGAAACUUUAUUAUCAAGUCCUUUUGUUGGUGAUUGGAUUAAGAUUUCAGAAAUGUUUUUAGGUAAAGUAGAUGAUGAUUUUAAAUUUUUACCUAAACAUAAAAGUAAUUCUUAUGGUGGUGAAGAAGCUCAAGGUUGA